AUGUGCGAUCCAUUGCCGCAUCGAUUCCAUUGUAGUACUGAUCAACGAUGUCUACCACGUCGAUUUCUUAUGGACUAUACACAACAAUGUGCAGAUGGUUCAGAUGAAGCUCUAGGUUUUAGAUGCACCAAGUCACCUAGUGAGAAUUGCGACAUUCUUGCUGGGCGUCAUGAAAUAAAUAAAGAAACCACAUUUGCUAUCAUAUGCAACGGUAUACAAGAAACGCGACCGAAAUUCAAUGGAGAUGAUACAGAUGAGACUGAUUGUGAUGAUUAUCCUUGUGUGACACGUUACACACGUUGUAACGGUGUUUGGAAUUGUGUGGAUGGACGUGAUGAACUUUUCUGUGACAAUACGUUGUCAUCUACCUACUGUGAUGUGCAAAGAGCUGAAUUUUUCUGUCUACAAUCGAUCAAUCAUAUGAUUGAAUAUUGCGCAUCAGUGCAGAAGAUCAACGAUGCGGAAGUCAACUGUCUUGGUUCAAGUGAUGAACGCGAAUUCUGUCGCAAGCGUCAUCCAUUUGAUUAUGCUCGGCGUUAUAAAUGUAAGUCAACAUGUUUGCGAGAUGAUGAAUACAUAUUAUGUAAGUCAUGUCGAUGA